CAGAUCGCAGAAAUCGCACGCAUAGUGCACUUCCUCAAGAAGUAUGCAGCAGGAAGGGUCAUCAACGCUGUCCAGACGCAGGAAGAUACAAUCGUUUAUGGUAAAGUCGGAACCUCAGCCUCCGAAUUCCAGAGGGCGAUGACCGGCAAGAAGAUUGUCGACGCGAAACAGCAGGGCAAAUACUUCUGGCUCGAGAUGGACUCACCACCUCAUCCGCUCAUGCACUUUGGCAUGUCUGGCUGGAUGAAGUUCAGCAAUGACGACACUGCGCACUACCGUCCUACGAAGGUUGAAGAGCCAGAGUGGCCGCCGAAAUAUUGGAAGUUUGCCCUGGAGCUGGAGGGAGAGCCGGAUUGCCAGAUCGCAUUUGUCGACGCCCGCCGAUUGGCGAGGAUCAGGCUCAUCGAUGCAAAGGCAGAAGAUAUGCGCAAGACAAGUCCACUCAAGGAGAAUGGGCCUGAUCCUGUGAUCGACCCGGAGAUCUUGACUGUUGAGUGGCUAUCGAACAAACUCAGGAGCAAGAAAGUACCCAUCAAGGCGCUGCUGUUGGAUCAAGCAAACAUCAGCGGCAUUGGCAAUUGGGUUGGCGAUGAGAUCAUGUAUCAGGCUAAAUUGCAUCCGGAGCAGUACAGCAACACUUUCAGCGAUGCUCAAGUCGCAGAACUGCACAAAGCCAUGAUGUAUGUCUGCAAUACGGCGGUUGAUACGCUCGCCGAAUCUGACAAGUUCCCCGAGGAUUGGCUAAUGAAGCACCGGUGGGGAAAAGGCAAAAAGGACGGACAAAAGUUGCCGAACGGAGCAAAGAUUACGUUCCUCAAAGUUGGUGGACGGACAUCAGCUGUCGUACCCAGUGUGCAAAAGAAGACAGGCCCUGUAAUGGGUGAUGUUUCAGAGGAUAUGGACAAUGAAGAAAACGAUAACGAAGAACCCAAGCCGAAGAGAGCUGCCAAACGAAAGACAAAGGCCAAGAAGGAAAAUGAGGAUAGCGAGGAGUCGGAAGAGAUACUACCGGUGAGCACUAAACGCGGACGAGGGCGCAAG